AUGAACUCCCAAGAAAGAAUCUUGGUUAGGUCUCCCAGGGCACACAUUAAGCAGAGCUUCCUCUUGUCCACACUGGUCCUUAACCACCAACUACUGCCAGAUGUUCACCUCACCAAUGUCGCUGUACAAAAGACAUCUCCAGACUACCACCCAAAGAAGGGCUGCAAGUGGAUGCUCCAGCGCUUCCGACAGUACCUGGCAUCCAAGCAUGGGCCAGAGGCAGUGGAAACACUCUUUAGUGACAUGGACAACAUCUUUGUCAGGAGCCUGCAGAGUGUGCAGAAGGUGAUCAUCAGUGACAAGCACUGCUUCGAGUUGUACGGCUAUGACAUCCUCAUAGACCAGGACCUCAAACCGUGGCUCCUGGAGGUCAAUGCAUCCCCUUCACUGACAGCCAGCAGCCAGGAGGACUAUGAGCUCAAGACCUGCCUCCUGGAAGACACCCUGCACAUUGUGGAUAUGGAGGCCAGGCUCACUGGAAGAGAGAAGAGAGUUGGAGGCUUUGACCUCAUGUGGAAUGAUGGCCCUGUGAGCAGAGAGGAGGGAAGUCCUGACCUGUCAGGAGUGGGAAACUUUGUGACCAACACACACCUUGGCUGUGUCAAUGAUCGAAAAAAGCAGCUGAGGCAACUAUUCCGCAAUGUUCCAGUCCAGAAGAAAGUGUCCAGCUAAGCUCCAGCUCCUGGAAGAAAAGCAAUCCUGGAAGUCCUGCUAGUCAGACCCUCCCCAUACCCGGUUUCGCACGGCAGUACCUGAAAGCUUCUCUUCAUCCUACCCACUUGCCUGGUAGUCCUGCUGGCUAGCAGUGAGUUUACUACACAUUCUAGGACCCCUGGGUGCUCCCAGUCCACCCCUGAGCAUCAGCAUACCAGAAGAAGUUCAAUCUCCAGGGCUGGAUGGGGUUUAACCUGGAUGGCCCAAAGAGGACAAAUGCAGCAAGUUCUGCCACCAGAGAUCAUGUCUAAUAAAUGAGCAUAGACUUUA